AAAGACGCGUUUUUAAACAUGUAAAUAUUUAGUCUUUCGUAUAAGGAAAUUCAGUUCAUUAAUUUUUUCCUUCAUGCAAACAAAUGUACCAAAAUAAUUUCAGUUGAUAUUUUUUUGUUUUUACUAAUAUUUUCAGUUCAAAGUAAUUCGCCAAAACCAGAGAUAAUUUAAAUUACCUAUAUAGUUGUGUUAAUUGCGCUAAAAUGACGAUCCAAAUGAAAUCUGUUAUGUGGACGUGCAUUUCUAUAUUCGUAUUGAGCAUCAUAGUCUCGAGUGAAGCAGAAGGAGAACUGAGUAAAACCUCAAAACAGCCAACAACAAAGACCAGCGGAGACAUCAAAACAAAAAUUGCUCUGAACUCCACAAACAACCCAACAGCGACGACAAACUCCAAAGAUGCUGUAUCUGUAGUCCUGCAAAAAUGUGAAGAAUACGCUAAUUAUCGAUACGUCAAAAAAUUGCAACCGCCAAUGGCUGGAAAACCAGCACAAUCGUUCAACACAAUAGACUGCGCGAAUGUAGAACCUCUAAUCGUCGGAGGAAUACAAGCGAAACCUAAAGAAUACCCACACAUGGCUCUGAUCGGUUCUGGAAGCAGUUUCGAAAACGUUUCAUGGAAUUGUGGUGGCUCAUUGAUAAGUGAAAAAUUCGUUUUGAGUUCAGCAAACUGCGGCCAAAAUGAUCCUUUACUUGGACCAGCCCAAUGGAUUUUAUUAGGAGACUUGGACAUUAAUUCGAAAACAGACGACGCCAAGCCAGCUAUUUAUAAAAUAAAAAAAGUCCACCAACAUCCAAAUUUCACAUCAAAGUCAAUAUUACACAAUAUUGCUCUUUUCGAAUUGAAUACUACUGUUGAAAUGAGUCCAUAUGUGAGACCAGCCUGUCUAUAUACAUCCACCUCUGUACCGGUAAACACCACAGGAAAGAUUACUGGAUGGGGAAGAACAAAUGCAGUCGAAGCAACCAGCGAUCAUUUAUUAAAAGCUAGCAUUUCGUUCCUCGAUGAAAAAAAAUGUGUUGAAAAGUUUGAAAAUGAUGGUGGAAGCAACCAACAAAUUGCUUACGACCCUAAUUCAAUGAUAUGUGCUGGAGAUUUUGUCCAUGGCGCGGAUACAUGCCCAGGUGACUCCGGAGGUCCACUUCAAAAACCGGUGGAUAAGCAAGUAUGCAUGUGGAAUAUAUUAGGAAUCACAUCUUUUGGACCGGCAUUAUGUGGAGAUUUGGAAACCCCAGGAGCCUAUACGAAAGUUGCAUUUUACCUCGAAUGGAUUAAAAAUAUCGUGUGGCCCUGAAAGAUGCGCCAAUAAGUACGUAUUAAGUAUUAACAACACAAGAAAUUGUCAUCAAAAAAUUCGAAAUACAUAUGUAAAUGUAUAUUCGGCCUUGUAUUAUCACUGCAUAAUAAAGCAUACGUUUUUAUCGUA